AUGAGCAGAUCAUCACCUUCAUCAUCCUCACCAUCCGCCAGAUCCGACCUAGUAGAUCGGCCUGCUUGCACCACUGACUCGAGACCCGGUCGACAUCGGACGAGUCCCGUACCACCCGCAUUUAUCGACAACUAUCUGGCUUACCGCAAGAAAGCUUUCAUCAACAUCUUUAUGGAGAAGGUUUGUGAAUGGCUUGACGACAACGUCUAUAACCUCGAAGAGGCCUAUGAACAAGACGGGGACUGUCAGCGUGGCCAAAAAGCUUGCAGUUCAGGAGGUGUCAAGAGGCGUGCUGCUGAAGGGCACCUAGUAGCUGGCCAGAAACGGCAACUCAAGGGUCGUGAUCGAGACGACGAAGGCUCUGACAAUGACGAGAGCAACGAACAGAAGCCCAACAGGAAGCGCACAAAGACGGAUGGGGAUGACAAUCGUCGAAAAUUUGCGUGCCCUUUCUUCAAACACGAUCCCAUCAGAUACAAGAGUCAUCGAACCUGCGUUGGUCCUGGGUGGCAUGAGAUUCACCGGGUCAAGGAGCACCUCUACCGCAAACACCGUCUCUUCGCCUGCACCAGGUGUUUCGAAACCUUUAAGACCGCCAAGUCACUCCAGGAUCACUCGAGGGCGCGUAUAGCUUGCACUGUUCUAGACGAGAAGGAUCGCAAGCCAGACCCAGGUGCAGGAAUAGAUCAAGAGACGGAGAAGCACCUCAGAGCGCGUAGGCAACCCGGUAAGCACGACGCAGACAAACAGGACGAUGUCGGCAAGUGGUACGAAUUAUAUUUUACCCUUUUUCCGGGGACGCGAGACAUGGAAGACACUCCAAGUCCUUGGUAUGACGCUGACUCCAGCUCGAAAGAUUUGGAGUUAUUUAAGUAUCUGCGGCGUGAAUUACCCCAUAUGAUCCGGCGUGAGCUCGAAAGAGAUCUCAAUCGCUCAUUUGAAGGCUACGGGGACGGUCUCAUGAGCCGUCUCUCAGUCUGGAUCCGGAACAGCUCGGCUAGAUGUGUGCAGAUCUUUGAGCACAUACCAUCACCUUCACAAGUGGCGGACCUAGAUGAUCCCGAGACUACGCAAGGAUCUCGGGCGGUAUCGCCGCAGGCGUCCCCCGAUAUCGACUUGCCCGCCGGUGCCGGUGCCGAUGCCAGUUUCAUCGGGAACGCUGGAGAGUGGGAUUUGAGCAAUCUCGAUCUCGAUAUCCCCAGCAUGCUAGACUUUGAUUCGUUCAUCACUCCUAUGGAUUUCCCACCGACAGACUACCAGUGCUACACAGAGGGAGACUCCGCCUACGGUACUGGCAGCGUUGAAGACGCUUCUGGAGCUCGGCAGAGUUGCAUGUGA